AUGCAACUAUUUAGUAUUCACGUUCAACUUAGUCCUGCAUGUUCAUUUGUUCGUUCUCAUCUAUUUAUGGAACAAGCCAUUGUAGGUUCCUCAACCAGCCUUAUUCAAUCGGUCUCAACGUUACAUAAUAGAGAAGAAUCAUCUAAAUGUCAGAAAACAGAAAUACCUAAAGAGAAUUGUCGAUUGAAUACAUUUGCCGAACUAGAUACCUUGAAGCAAAUACGCAAACGAACAUUUUCACAUUGGCCACACCCGACAUUACCUUCGAGCGAACAAAUGAUCGAAGCUGGAUUCUUCCAUUGUAAUGUUAGUGAUCGUGUCAUUUGUUUGUAUUGUAAUAUUAUUUGCCAACAAUGGAUGCCGCAAACAGAUGAUCCGCGUGAAGUACAUAAAAUACUUUCUCCUAAAUGUCCAUAUGUCGCUGCAAAGCUAACUCGUUCUCAAGUAUCAUCGAUUCCUAUUAUUAAUGAAAAUUUGGCGAAAGACAAUUCUAUAAUUUCUGAUAAUAUUAACUGUGCUCGAUGUGAACAAAUUGUUACUGUGACCGCAUCCAAUCCUCUCUAUAGCGAAAUACCAAAACGGUAUGAAUCAUUUCGCACAUGGCAGAAUAAAAAUACACCGUCUGUAGAUGAUCUAGUCAAGGUCGGCUUUUUUUAUACUGGUACUCAAACUAUUGUGACAUGCUUUUAUUGCAAUGGGUCAUUGCAGAACUGGGGAGCAAACGAUAAUCCAAUGAUUGAACAUGCUCGAUGGUUUCCACAUUGUGCAUACAUUAAACAAUUAUGUGGAGACAAACUAUAUCGAAAUAUUCAAGAAUCAAAGCGACUUCAAAAAGAACGUGAUGAGAAAAACGCAUUAAGUAAUCGAUGUGAAACAAAUGUAAACAAUUCAUUUACUGGAUCGUUGAAUACACAAAAUGAGAGCAUUUUAUCUCGUAUGGUAGCAGCUCGACUUGACUUACCGAUUUCACAACGUUUACUAAAAGAAAAUGUCAAACUAUCAAUUAUCAAACGCUGUUGGGAAGAUCAGCUCAGAAUAAAAGGUGAUGAUUUCGUCAGCGAUGCCGACUUAAUAAUGGCUUGUACAAUUCUUCAAAAACAAAUCCAAUGUAUUGAUGGAAAGAAAGAGAAUAUUAUUAUUCCAAACGAAGCGAUUAAGAAGAUUCAUGAAAAAAAACAAACAGGUAUUUCAUAUAAAUUAUAUAGAGGUAGAUAUGGUUAA